AGAGCCUUUACCUUUGCUUUUGCUUUUUGCCUUUCUUUCUCUUUUGUCUUAGUAGUUAGUUAGUGAGUACCCCUCACAACAAGUUUUCAUCAUCGUUUUCUUCCCUUAAAUUCUAGCAUACAGCCACUUUGAUCAUUUAACUCUUUUCCCAAAUGUUUCUAUUGUUGAAUGGAUUUUUCGAAAUUUAUAACUCCUUUUCUUUUACCCGGCUUGAUAGUCAUGAUUCGUGCUAAAGGCUAUACCUAUAUGUAAUAACAAAAUAUUGUAAAAAAUAAUGAAAAAAAAAAACAAGGCGCGUGAUUCAAACGCGACAUGCAGUUAUAGGCCAAAGCCAGAAGUCUUUAGCUGUGUCUAACACUACUCGAUCUCUGUCUUUGAAGUCUCAAAUUCAUAUUACAUGGAAGGGAAGCUAAUGAAAAGAAAAGCGACACCCCAAAGCCCUAAACAUCAAAGAACUCACCCAUUUCUCCCUUACUCAGCAGGUGUGUCUUCUGUUCUUUUGUUUCAGAUAAUGUUCUUUUUGAUGCAAAAACUACUUCUUCAAGAAAUGUUUAUGUUGUUUAUAGGUUGAAAGGAACACUGGGUUUAUGCUAAAGUUAAAGAUUCUUUGUUUAUUUUUUCUUUUACUUUUUGUCCUAACAAUCUUGAAAAAGAGAUGAAUUUUGGGCCCUGGUGUUAGUUUAGAGAUGUAGUGCACUAUGUAUUGGCUGUUGGUAAGAUCCAACAAUUUAUGACUAUCUUUAAGGUUUUACCAUUUCUUCAUCAGGUUUGUUAUCUUUUUUAACUAGAACUUACUUCUUUUGGUGAUGCCAAUAAUCAGUAUGGCAGAGUAGAUAAAAUUUAGAUGAUGUAAUCAACGCGGUUUUCAUUUCAUUUUUCAUAGCCUGAAUUUAAUGUCGGUGUCCACCUAUCUUAAAUGGAAUUCAACACAAAUCUUUGCCUGGUUGCUGGGGAGAUAUAUAAGAAUUCUGUAUGUACUUCUAGUUUUGAUUUACUAUAGGGUGGUUGACUGAGAUUUUUUUUUGAUUGUCAGAUCACAGAUAAUGUCAAAUUUGGUACUUCCAAAAUUUAAAUGUUCAAUUACAUUUAUGUGGCACUGAGGGGAGCAUCAAUGUGUUUUGCCAGAAUUUUCACAUGGAGUCUUUACCAUGGUGUUCUCAUGCAACAUCUAUCAUCAGCUAUGUCAUGUUUUGAAUUUCUGAAUUAUAUCAAGAAGGAAAGUUGCAGAACUUCUUAAUUGUAAAGCGUGAUGGAGGAAAGGAAAUUAAAUUUCAGUGCACCACUGUUAUCUGUGAGGCGGUUUUCUGAAACAUCUGCCUUUUCAGAUAGAGAUAAGCAGAAGAUAAUUGAGAAUUCUCCUCCCACUACACGACAAAGUCUCCCCUUCUGUAACUCGGAUGUGAGUUUGGAUCAGGUGACAGAACCUGUUGCAGUUCCUUUUGUAUGGGAGCAGAUCCCUGGGAAAGUGAAAGGUGGCAUUGAGAAUGAGUUUCAGGCUAAUAAGGGAGCUUCUGGUACUCCUAGGCUUCCGCCAGGGAGUUUGGAUGUCAUAACAUAUCCUGUGGGGAAAUACUUUGACUAUCAGAAUGUGGUUAGGCUCCAAACUGAAACAAAUUCUAUGGAAGAUCAUGUGACUAAAUUAGACAGUUCAAACGAGGGAAUGAAUGAGAAAUGCAUCUCAGAGUCUGAGAAUGAUGAUGAUGUUUAUUCUGAUGCACUUGAUACCUUGUCCCCAACUGAUUCAAUCUCCAUGAAUUGUAGUAUAAGUAGUGGCACUGGUGCAAAACCAUCAGGAACCUUCUCUACAGAUCCACUAACUCGGGAUUUCAUGAUGAGUCGCUUUUUGCCUGCUGCCAAGGCAAUGACUCUGGCGAUACCUCAGUAUGCUUCAAGGAAGCAAUCUAUGGCACCUGAACAACCUAGAGAGGUUAAGAAAGUGGUUGAUGGGGACAGGAAACCUCCUGUUAAUCAAUAUGAGUCAAUUGUCAUUCCACAUUAUAACCAGGAUGUAGAUGAAGAAGAAACAGAAGAUGAAUAUGAGGACUAUGACGAUUCUGGCAAUUUAUCAAGAAAAGCAUGUGGCUUGUUGCCUCGAUUAUGCUUUAAGAACACUCUGCGCCUCGUAAAUCCUGUGCCAGGAUUAAAAGUUAGGACCCACUCUUCAAUGUAUUCUGCUCAGGAGGUUGUAAAACCUGGCAAAGAUACCUACAUGAAGUCUCGCAGCCAAAUUGUUGAGAAGCAUGCUUGGGAUGUUGUUCACAAGAACAAAUCAGUUAUUGGAGUUCAAUCCCCCAGGCUCCCAGAGAACAAAUUGGAUAGUGCAGUUCAAUCACCCAGGCUCCCAGAGGACAAAUUUGAUAUUGGUGUUCAAUUUCCUAGGCUCCCUGAGAUUGGGAAAAAGCUGACGUGUCAAUCAAAUCGGUUUACCAGCUCAAAUGACCAGCAGAUAGUGAAUAGGUCACCUCCCAAAAAGCUUCCAGAUGGUGCUCACAUUUCUCCCUAUCGGAGAGCGAGACCUCAAUCUCCCUUCCGUGGAGGGGGGUUUCUUGGCAUGCCCAAAGAAGCUGAGAAAUUCAAAGCCAAUAUGUUGGUUAAGUGUACCAGAAGCAAUAACAACUCGCAGGAAGUAGUACCCUACCAAAGCACCAGAAAAGGGUUAGGUUCUCUGAGGCCUGCAGUUGAGAAAACAUUGCAUGUAGAUACCGUAAAUUUUGCGGAAAUUGCAAGUUCAAUUUCCAAUUCCUCAGAUACCAACGUACAAACGGACUCCACAGGAAAGCAUUCUGAUACCUCACGAGCGAACAGAAUGCCGGAAGAACCUGCUAUGGUAGAAUCUUCUCUUCAAGAUAUAAAAGGUCUCAAUCUUUUGGAUGGAAAGGAAAUAUCAGAAUAUGAAAUUACAGGGUCAGUGAAUUCCAGUCGAUCUUCUUUCUGUGACAAACCUUAUCUCAAAGUUCAAGCAGAAAUUAUAGAUUGCUUCAGACAGAAUGGAGGACUGGAUCAAAAAUCUAAGUCCUUAGAGCGUAUAAAAGUUAGAGCUGAUGCAAAUCUAACUGUUAAUGAUGAUGAUGAUUUGAGAGCAGCUGAUCAAGAAGCUAAGGCUGGUUCUUAUUACUCUCCCCUUCCGCCUCCUUUACCAAAAACACCAUCUGAGUCUUGGCUUUGGCGUGCGCUGCCUUCAGCUACGUCAAGAAAUUCAUUUUCACAGUCUUAUAAUGGCACUCGAUUUAAUCCUAAAAAACAUGAACCUAAGAUACCUGCUACUGAUGAUACCAAGUGGGAAACAAUUGUCAAAACUUCUUACUUGCAUCAUAAUCACGUCCGCUAUUCUGAGGAAUUAGUAACUCACUUUUCUCAGCAAUCCAAAACUUAACAAUAGAGGGGGCACCAUUGAAUUCCUUGCAUUCACUGCCUUUGUUUCAGCAGUUUUGGUUCAAAAUGGUCAGAGCUGGUUAAGAUUUUGCAGCAGCCUACCAUUUUUUUCUAUUUUUCUUCCUGGAGUUUCUCCUUCCAUUUUCCUUGUAUCUUAUGCUAGGCAAGUGGAUUUGUUAGCUCUUGAUGUACAAGCUUGUAAGUUGUUCGUUUCUUUUCCCUACAUCAGCCAUCAGUGCAGAAGCUGAGGCAAUUGUUACAUCAAAUUCAGAUUCAAUCUUGUAUCGGCCAAAAAUAUAAAAAUUAUUGGAUAUAGAAGGCUUCUUUGAUAUAUAACAUACUUGUUAUGGGCUUCCAGCAGUAUAGAACAUUAUCAUCGCCAAUAGGCUAGAGCAUAGGGAACUCGGAAUAGAAAUGGUUCAAGUAUAUCUGUAUCGUUUAUUUUCUUGGUCUGCCAUCUCGUUAAUGAAUUGGAAUUUGAAACUUUACAAAGUAGUGUGCCGUUAGGGAGCCCAUGACCUCUAGAGCUUCAAUUCAAUCCUCAUCUUGAGCCCAUAAUUCUUUUGUGCCUUAAGCCCAUAGCUUUAUCUUAUGCUUCCAGGAUUACAACCAGGAAGAUCCUCGAUCCUAUUAGUCUAAACAGUAAAAUGACAAAGUCCAAAUGUCUGUGGAUUAAUGAUUGCGGCCUGCAGGAACUUAAUAGCAGAGCUCACCUAGCUCUCUAACCGAAGAAAGAAAAGAAAAAAUGACAGACAAUGGGCCCAUAGAAUCACAGUUGGUCUAGACUCUACAGAGCGAAGCAUCCAUUUAUGGGCCUGUUAAGCUUGCCAAGUUAGUUCUUACAGUCGAUGUAUAUUCAUAAUUUAUGUAAACCAGGCACGUUGUAGCUAAAUCAUUGUUUCGAGAACAGAAAAGUUGAAUCUAAA